AUGUCUCUGCCGACGAGUCCACAAGGAAACGGCGCAGGAGCCCGCGCCAGCUGGCAAGAGCAGCUGCAAGGUGGUCGCACGGCCUGGUCCAGUACCGUCACUGUGCAGGGUCAGAAUAUCGCUGCGCGGUAUUGGUAUGAUGGUCAAUAUAUCAACAAUGCCAAAGAAGACGCCGCCGAAGUUGCCCUGAAGACGUUGAAUCAACAGCCUCGCUCCUCGACUGUCUACCCCGGACAACUUUUCCCUCAGCAAUCUGCUUCAUACGGACGGGGUACCGGGGGAUUUUGA